AUGAUCAAUUGGCUUCAAGGUUGUUUUACUACUGCUAAUUAUUCUCUGAACAUCAAUGGUGAAGUCACUGGGUACAUAUUAGGGCAAAAAGGACCUAGGCAAGGCGAUCCACUAUCCUUCUAUGUUUUUGUGAUUGUGAUGGAAGUUCUCACUUGCCUUCUAAGGGAGAAAUCCCUUCUUCCUGACUUCCACUUCUGGGAGUUGACCUCAGUCAAUCAUAUUCAGGAUGCACUCUCUAAAUUUCAAAUCCUGUCUAGCCUUUCUCAUAGCCCUGGGAAAAGUAAUAUUUACUUCUCUGGAGUUAAUGCAGUCACUAGGCUGGCCAUUUUGGAUGUCCUGAAGUUUAAAGAAGGCAGUUUGCCUGUCUAG